AUGUAUGAGUACAUACCAGGCAACCACAACCUCUACAUCCCUCACGAAUACAACUUCCGACACCUUCCCGUCUUCGAAUUGGAUCGACCAUCAAGAUCCUCGGUCGAAAAAGAACACUUAGUACGUAGUUAUUCUGAAGACGAUGCCUGUUUCUGUACUUCAACAGCUACCGUCAUGAUAUUCCAGGCUAAUUUCCUUCCUCCCGCCAAACACCGUCGCCGAGGCCGGUCCUUUGACGCAUUCUUAGGUCCCACCUGUCGUGUCUGGCUGCUUGCUCAAGGUACCACCACUGGCCGGUUGAAGAACUACGCUAGUCGUGGAUCCUUGUCGAGUCUAGAUGCCUGUUGCCGGCCCUUGGUUCUCAAAAAAACCUCAGGUCCCUCUUUUCCGUUUGCGCUGAUCGGUUUUAGGUCGGUUUUAGUCUGUCCUCAAGCUGGUGGUAGGUAUUCCAACCGCCGCGGUCGUGGUAGAAUGAAAGUACAGGCUGUCUCUACCCUCAAUAUAAAGCCUUUAUUCGCCGAUAGCAGAAUUCCCUUAGUAGUUGUUGUUUUAGUGUUACAGAUUGGUGAUAACAGUUAG